AUGGCAGUUCCAAAAAAGCGCACUUCUAUAUCAAAAAAAAAAAUUCGUAAGAAUUUUUGGAAAAAAGGGGGAUAUUGGACAGCAUUGAAAGCCCAUUCAUUGGCUGAAUGUAUUUUUACAGAUAAAUCCACAAGUUUUUUUUAUACAGAUAAACGCAAUAAAUCAAAAGGUUUUUUUUGUAACAUUACAGAUAAACCCAAAGGUUUUUUUGUAACAAAGAAAAAUGUUGAAUUGGAAUAA